CAAGGAGACUUGAACGGCGGUAUUUAUUUGCCGGCCCUCAGGAUGGCCCUCAACAAAUCUAUGCAUGCGAGAAACAGGUACAAGAACAAACCGCCUGACUUCGCUUAUCUGGCAUCCAAGUACCCAGAAUUUAAGCAGCACGUACAAAUUAACUUGUCAGGAAGAGUGAGUGUAAACUUCAAGGAUCCACAAGCAGUGAGAGCCCUGACGUGUACCCUGCUGAAAGAAGAUUUUGGACUUCAGAUUGAUAUACCAUUAGAAAGGCUUAUUCCAACUGUUCCCUUGAGACUUAACUAUAUUCACUGGGUUGAAGAUCUAAUUGCUCAGCAGGAUACUGCUGCUAAAGGUUGUGUUACAUGGGGAAUAGACAUAGGUACUGGUGCAUCUUGUAUUUACCCAUUACUUGGGGCAACUUUGAAUGGAUGGUAUUUUAUUGCAACAGAAGUGGAUGAUGUGUGUUUCAGCUAUGCCAAGAAAAAUGUAGAACAAAAUAACUUAUCUGACCUUAUAAAAGUGGUCAAAGUACCACAAAAGACUCUACUCUUGGAUGCCUUAGAAGAAGAGUCUGAAGUUAUUUAUGACUUCUGUAUGUGCAACCCUCCCUUUUUUGCCAACCAACUAGAAGCCAAGGGAGUAAAUUCUCGUAAUCCUAGAAGGCCACCUCCUAGCUCAGUCAAUACAGGAGGCAUAACUGAGAUCAUGGCUGAAGGAGGAGAGCUAGAAUUUGUCAAGAGAAUCAUUCAUGAUAGCUUGCAACUUAAAAAAAGAUUACGGUGGUACAGUUGUAUGUUGGGAAAGAAAUGCAGCUUGACACCAUUGAAAGAAGAACUACGAAUCCAUGGAGUUCCUAAGGUCACCCACACUGAAUUCUGCCAAGGUCGUACUAUGCGGUGGGCCCUGGCUUGGAGCUUCUAUGAAAAUGUCAAAGUUCCAUCACCUCCUUCUAAGAAAAGGAAACUAGAAAAACCUCGGAAACCAAUUACAUUUCUCGUCUUGGCAUCUACGGCCAAAGAGUUAGCUAUGAAAGCUUCAUCUGUAGGAAUCAAUGCUGUUGAAGGACUGGGAGUUGUUGCAGCAUGGAUCAGAAAACUCCUCACUGACUUGAAGGUUCAGCAUAAAACUCUUCCCUGUGGAAAAGAUGAGAUCAGCUUGUUUCUAACAGCUGUGGAAAAUUCCUGGAUUCACUUAAGGAGAAAAAAGAGGGACAGAGUCAGGCAACUGCGUGAACUUCCUCGAGCAUCUGAAGAUUUCCUGCAGCCAGCAGAAGAAAAGAAUCAGAAAACAUCCAGCAGCAUCUCUGAGUGUGAAGGAAACACAGAUGGAACUACUGAAAAAUCAUCUGUGGUACUUUGUCAUGACGUUGAGUCACCCGAGGGUGAUGGACUCAAUAAUGUACCUGAAGUUCAAGAGGAAAAUGUCCAGGGGUACAUUGAGGAAAGCAGCAGCUCAGAGGAACCACCCUUUAUUUCAGAAUUCAAAGAAGAUCCCAGUAAUCAAAAGGAAGGGACCAAGGUCUUUGCUACUGAUAUUCUGGCUCUUGAAACUGGACAGAAUGAUAGUACUUCAGGGGAAUGGUUCCUUUUCAAGUGUGUGUUAAUUGUGAAGAAAGAAGGCCCUGAUAUUUUAAUAGAAAUGCACUGGAUUGAUGGACAGAACAGAGACUUAAUGAAUCAACUGUGUACCUACCUAAAGAACCAGAUGUUUCGCUUGAUCACAACUUAAGGCCAUGAGGAUAUAUGGAGGAAUUAUCCUUAUUUUUGUAAUCUUCCUUUUAUAUUUAACAGCACUCACAAUGGUACCUCUUUUAAAGGUAAUAGUUUCUAAAAACGUCUGAAACAUGAAGUUUGAGGGAUUUAUGAUUACUUAAAGAAUAUGCUUACUUUCCAUUGAAAUCAUUCAGAUUUAAGUUAUAGCUGCUUUUCCUACUGAUUUCAGUGAGUCAUAAAUGUAAUUAGCUUAGUAUGGAUCGGUCUCCCUAUAAUCAUUACCUUUGUGUAAUAGAUUUUUAGCAUUUUUGUUUCAGCUACAUAUGAAAGAGCAGUGCUGUAUUAUCAUUAAAAAGGAACUGUUGUGGAA